UUACAUGGCAGCUAACGAAAAGAUUGGGGAUCAGCUUAAUCAGUGGCGGUAUCCUGUUUUUACAGUAGGCCCAGGUGAAGAUGAUCUCAAGCGACGAAUUUUACAUGAAGGAUAUCUUGCAGGCAUGAAUAUAAGUGAUUCCGAGUGGGAUGUCCAUUGCUCUGCAGUCGAUUCAGUUCUUGAUACAGUACUGCUCGGGCUAAAAAAGUAUGCAAGGGAGGAAUUUACAGGACUUAUUGUUCAUGGUUAUGUAAGACAAGGAAGUUCAAGAGAAGGACUGAGAGUAAAUGACGCCCUGGAGUUUGACUGUUUAGUUAAAUUUGAAAUAGAAGGCAUGCGAUGGACAGAAUGUCCGGUCUACGAUUAUUCUGGAGAGCAAAUGGUCGAGCUUAUAAAAUUACGCGUUGAAAACCCAGAAUAUUUGCUAAGAAACUAUCCAUGGUUGAACUGCAAUGAUAUUUUUACAGAAACAGGCUUUUAUGAUACAACUUACUAUAUUAAUACACAAAAUUUACAAGAAAAGGUUUUCAAAUCAUUGCUGGACAAAACUCGCCAACAAAUAUGUGAGCAGUUACCGUACGAUGAUAGAACUGUUUAUGCAUUUCGUCGGUCUGUUAGUCCACCGACGUUCCCGAUACGUAUAAGUUUAGACAGAGAAAUAUCAUAUGUUCGCAAUCUGUACAGUAAUGUCACUUUGGAAAGUCGAAAUCAAUCGUUUAAGACAAAUUACGGACAUCUCCCAACGCUAGACAUUGAUUUUGUUCCUGCAUUGAUGUUGCGUAAGGAUUAUGUUCCCAAUCCGUAUACAGUAAAUCAGGUCACUUAUGGCGAAACGGAAAUGACUUGCGCAGUUUAUGCAGUUAUGAAAUGGGCACGCCGAUUGCAUGAAUCUGAUCAGACAAUUGAUCAUGAUUAUCUCUGGAGGGAAUCUACAUGUGGAUAUGAAAAACAUAUCAAUGACGUUGGACGCAGAAAUCCAAGUCAACGUUAUUUGAUGACCGCAUGUCGUAUUGUAAAAUCUUAUGUCGCGUGGAUGAAAUCAAAUCGUCGUAACACAAAUCAAUUACACCGAGUUGCUGUUUCGUACUACUUGAAAAACAUAUGUUUUCAUUGUAUUGCUCUACUGACUGUUCCAAGAAAGACCAAGUCACUGUCCGGAGUAAAAGAAGCACUCGGAUAUUUUCUGCUAUUUCUUGAAUUUUGCAUUGACAAUCGCAAUCUUCCCCAUUUUUUCUAUGGAAAUCCAUGGGUUCAUGAUAUGUUCCCUAAUUGUACUUUUGGUUGUAACAAGUCGAAAAAGAAUCUUUAUAGCAGAUUAAGUAUGGGUACAUUUGUUCAAGCUGAGAGCGCUUUUCGAAACAUGCUUCAGGAUUUAAAAGGAAUGUAUAAAGAGUUUGACAAAUUGGAUUCUGAUCGUGUAGGGCCAUUUAAAGAAUUACUGGGUCUGAGUCAUGCGUAUCGAGUGCCGCAGAAAACUGUUUGUGCAAUACCUUGUUCAUUGUCUGUAGUGUUAGCUUUGUGCGUUAUUGUUGUUGGUAUAGUGGUAGCCGUAGUAACUAAUUUAAUGAAUAAUAGAUCCUGAUCUUAAUUGACCGACAACAGUAUACUAUAUGUUGUGAAAUGGUUACACAUUUGCUGCAAUUAAACGCUUUUGUUAUCUC